AUGUCGCGUAAAUUCAUCGCCGCUCUAUCGGGCACCUACAAUGUCCACGCACACGAACUGGCUCACGGCGGCAGCGCUGGAAAUGUUCAGCAAGUCUCUGGAGCGUCGACCGGUGCUGGAUCAAGCAGCAUACUACCGGCAGCUUUUGCCAAGUUUGUCCGCCAGCAAUCUGUGCAGCAAUCACCGCCGCCGCAGGUGGAGACCAUUAAAUGCGUUGUCUACUUUCUCGACGAUUCUCAGCACAUCUUUGAAGUUGACCGUACUGCCAAAGGUGAAGAACUUCUGGACCUAGUAUUUCGACACCUUGAACUGAUUGAGCGAGAGUACUUUGCGCUUCAAUUCACCGAAAUGAUACACCAUCAUUACGGCAGUACGUCUAUGCUAAACAGUAGCCGCUGGCUAGAUCCAAGUAAAAAGAUCCGAAAGCAGAUGCGUUUCACAUCUUCACCCUAUAUUCUGCAUUUUCGUGUCAAAUUUUACGUUUCCGAUGUCGGGCGUCUUUUUGAGGAAUACACCAGAUACCACUACUACUUACAAUUACGAAAAGACAUUCUCUCUGGAAGACUAAGUGGUGACGACUCAACUCUUGCUCUACUGGCGAGUUAUGUGCUGCAGUCUGAACUAGGUGAUUAUUCCGAGGAAGAUUUUGCGUCUGGUUAUGCUAGUCGGUUUCGAUACAUACCAAAUCAGACUGAAAAAUUCGAGGCAAAAGUCGAAAAACUCCAUAGACGACACCAAGGACAAACUCCUGCGGACGUUGAGCUCAAUUACUUGGAUGAAGCUAAAAACCUCGAUCUAUACGGGGUAGACUUGCACCAUGCCAAGGAUUGUGAAAAUCACGAUAUUCAAAUUGGCGUGUCUGGCAACGGACUGACUGUUUUCAAGCAAUCGAUUCGAGUCAAUACCUUCUCUUGGGCAAAGAUUGUAAAAAUCUCUUUUAAAAGAAGAUUUUUCUUUGUUCAACUAAAACAUGAAGGCACGGAACGUUUUGAUAACGCGAUUGGCUUCAAUCUUUGCUCCUAUAGGGCUUGUAAAGCCUUGUGGAAAGCAUGCGUUGAGCAGCACACAUUCUUUCGCCUUCACACACCAAAGCCUCUGACGAAAAAGUUUUUCUUCUUCUUUUCCCUUGGCUCAAAGUUUCGCUACAGCGGAAAAACUGAGUUUCAGACAAUCGAGGAAAACAAAAAGCGACUUACUAGGACUGAGCGUAUAUUUAUUCGGAAUAAUGCUCGUAAUGCCACCAUGCCGGCACUAUCUUCGGUCGGUAAGAUGAACGAAGCACAAAAACAUUUGGCCAAUUUAAGGCUGACCAACAAUGAAAAGCCAACAAAAAUGGUCACAGACGAAUUGAAUGGAAAGCUAGGCUCAAACGGGACCAUGUCUUCCUCCUCUUCGGAAAGCACUUUCGACACAUUGCCACCGACGCCGCCUCUACCUUUACUCCAAAAUGGAUCUUUGCACAAAUCAGCUCAAAGCACAGUCAACUCGACGACGAACAAUAGCACUUCAGUAUUAACUGCAAUCGCAGCUACCAAUUCUCACCGCUUCUCAUCUGGUCAUAAUGUCGCCUACGUGCCACCAAUUCCUCAACCUCCUCAGCGCAAAUCAUCCAUUCUAAGUCAUCAGACAGCUUCGACGUCGCGUUCCUCAUCAAUAUCCUCUGCCUCGUCUUAUCACCAAAAAGUGUCUACAAUCAGUUUAGGAUGCAGUACUGAGAAAAACGGUAAACACGAUCUCAAGUUAAAUGGUCGACCUUGUAGUACGGCCAAUGGCACAUGUCGCCAUACUAACGGUAUCGGUGACAACGAUAACAACAACAUUGAUAACCAGCGGCAGCCGCCAAUUUCCAGUGCAAGCACUACCACUACAGCGACUACCGCCUACAGUCCAUCAGCAAUGAUCUCAUUGCCCUUUAUUGAUCAAGACAAAACAAGCACAAGCAUUGUGACAAACGCGACGAGUAGCACAGCAGCUGAUACCAUACCGGUUAUUGAGGACAAUUCUACAAUAGUGGUGCACGUGCCUAUUGUAGAAGAUGAUGUGGACAACUAUAGAAAAGAGGUGGAAAAGGAAAUUGAUUCGCCUAUUCGGGAGCUGAUUAAAGAGCUCUACGAUGUGGCUGCCACUGAAACUGCCGCCAAGUCUGCUGCAGUCCAAUUGGAUGACUCACCGGAGGACUCGUCCGCCUCUUCUCCCGUCCACCUGAUGACCGUCUCAAUGAAGCCUGAUCAAGAGGGUCGAUUCGGGUUUAAUGUAAAGGGCGGCUUUGAUCAGCACUGUGCGGUGCUGGUGUCUCGUGUGGCACCAAACACGCCGGCUGAUAACGCCUUUCCCACCAAGCUGCGUGAAGGGGAUCAAGUGAUUUCCAUCAACGGCACUGAAGUAUCAGGACUGAAUCAUGAAGAGGUGGUGCAAUUGAUUCGUUCAACUAAAGAUAAUGGCCCAGAGGCGGAAUUGGUGCUAUUAAUUCGGCCGAAUGUAUUCCACCACCACCACCAGUGCGACGAUGACAGUAUAGAAGAGCCGCCUUUUCAGUACACGACAACUGACGAAGAGAAUGCAGUCGAAAACAUGCCUUCGAGUGGAAAUAAUCGUCUGUCGAUGGAGCCAGUUAAAUCGCUGCUGGACAUUUCUAUGAAUCUUUUGCAAGAAGGACUCGAAAGUGAAUCGUUGAUUGUUCAAUUUGAGCAAUUGUAUCGACGUAAUGAAAAGGAGCCAAUCUCAAUUGCUAGAUUCCAGUGCAACGUGCUCAAGAAUCGUUAUUUGGAUAUUGCACCAUAUGAUUCAACUCGUGUAAUCUUGAAUGAUUGCAUAACUGGUGAUUAUAUAAAUGCGUCUCAUGUCGUCAUGGAAAUUGAAGCCAGUGGAACAGUUAAUCGUUAUAUUGCUACACAAGGACCGUUAAAAAGAACAACUUCUGAUUUCUGGCAAAUGAUUUGGGAGCAAAGAAGCACAGUUAUUGUCAUGGUCACGCCAUUGGUAGAGGACGGUAGAAAAAAGUGCUUCAAGUAUUGGCCAGAUGACAAUCAAACGGUUCUAAUUAAUGACCAACUGGAGCUUUCCCUUGAGGGCUGCAAAGAUGAAACGGCUUUUCUUGAACGUAAAUUUAAACUGACUGACCUUGAAGUAAGCAUAAAUGGUGCAUCCAAGCAUGAAUUGAUAAUAUAA